AUGAUUUUAAGUAAAGGAACACCCAUUGAACGUGCUGAAAUGAUUACCAAAUUUACUCAUGUGGCAAAGUGCCUCAGACGAAUGAAUAAUUUCAAUACAUUAAUGGCUGUUAUUGGUGGUGUAACACAUAGUAACAUUGCUCGACUAUCAAAAACAUCAUCUGCAUUAUCAAGUGAAUUGAGAAAGGCUUGUUUUGCUACCAUUCUGAUCUGUGAUCUUUUUGCUAAUUUAUAA